GCAAAGUCUCUCCUAUGUCUAUAGGACUCUUUCUCAGAACCAGUGUCAUGUUUGAGAAGGCAAGACAGACACACAUGUUGUCUGAGCAGCUGUGUACUUCCUAGGCCGCGAUCUAGUUCGAUGUAGGUCUUACUCUAGUUUCGCUUGCAUCCUGUGAAGACAUCGUAUCGGUCAGAAAAGACAGUACGACAGAUCAUGCCGUGUCGUGCAUCUUCUCUGUGCAGCAUUCUGUCAGCUAUACAAGUACUUGAGCGACCCUCGCCUCUGUUGUUCUCAGAACAUCAACCAACGCAAACGCCAAAGACAUACCUCAAGCAGAUCCGCUACGAUGAAUACGAGGACCCUCCGCAGCCCAAGUUCCCCAACGAUCUGUCGAGCAACCACGACUAUGCUUUGCAAGCUCGAGAGUUUGACCAUGUCCCUCACCCCCAUGAUCCUAUGCGACCCAACUUCAUCCAAACUGGCAUGUACGACCGGAACAUCGGUCGUUACUACCCUAGCGGUACUUCAGCUCCUAUCUACACCCGCGGUGACAUCAGGAAACUCGAGACACUGGGUCCUCUGAAGAGACAGACGACUGUAGGCAGAUGGAAGGCUGUAUGCGAUGGCAAAAAGUGUCUGGAGGAUUGUGCUGAAGGCUACUGGGAGAAGAUAUGUCAGAUUGACAUGCAAACUCAACGAAUCGUCACAGAGGUCCGUUUCAUGGGACGGUGCAACCAAUGCGGACGCAACUUCCAUGAGAAUAUUCCCGGGAUUUGAGCCAGGGUCUUCCGAAAUACGCUGCAAGUCCAUACCCUCGAUGUGGUCGCUCUGCCGAGUCUGCAGAGCAUGUACUGCCGCUCGUCAUACCCCGACAACACGACAUCAGUCAUGGCGGGUUUAUGGAUUCCUUUGUGCUUAGCGCUUUGGUCGAUGAAUGACAUUGUUCAUCUUCGAGUCCUCUUUGACGAACGUCGAGUUCUUUCAUCAGCUUUUUGAUCUACUUAGCAUUCU